AUGGCCUCCCCACCGUUAGCCUUGGCUCAAUCUCCUCCUCCGAAAUCGCCCGCCGUCUCCGUCACUCGAAGAAAUCCUCAUUGUUGGUCCGAGCUUCCUCUAGAUCUCAUGCAAUCGGUAUUUGAACGCCUUGGCUUCACCGAUUUCGAACGAGCGAAAUCGGUCUGUUCAUCUUGGCAAUCCGGGACGAGACAGUCUCAGCCAAACAAUCAGAUCCCUUGGAUGCUUCUGUUCCCGGAGGACAAGAACUACUGUCUCUUGUUCAAUCCCGAAGACAAAGAAAAGGUGCACAAAACACAAAACCUCGGCGACGACUUUGCAAAGAGUGUGUGUUGCAAGACUUAUAGAAGCUGGCUCUUGAUGGAAACUUAUCACAGAGGAGACAGAGAAGACGACGUCUAUAUUUUGAACAUUCUCACGCACGAGAGGAUCAAUCUACCGACAUGCAAAUCACGCUUCUUCAUCAGGCAUCGGAUAUUAUGGAUAGACGAGGAAACCAAAGACUACCUUGUUAUAGGGGUUGUUGAUGAUGAGAAAGUGGUGUCCAUCAAGAAAGGAGAUAACUCGUGGAAAGAGAUCAUCCUGUUUCCAGGUAUUGAGCGAUGGCCUAUGGAAUUAGAAGAAGAAAUCCCCCAGUUGGUAUACAAAGAUGACAAACUCUUUUGUCUCAACUUUAACAAACUCCAUAUUUUCGAUUUUUCCGGAGAUACUCCGCUGCUAGUUUUCGAAACUUGCGUAAAGGAAUGCGUGAAAAGACAGUUAGUUUAUCUCAUGAGACUUCCAUACGAGUACGACGUUCAUAGGAGGAACAAUAUGGUAGUCACUGUAGGAGGAGAUAUCUUGAUUGUUAGGAGGAAGCUACUUCCGCGACGGUCCUAUACAUGGAACUUUAGAAUCUUCAAGAUGGAUUGGUCCCAAGGGAACAAGUGGGAGGAGAUUUUCACCUUGGGAGAUGAGGCGAUUCUCUUGGAUUUGGGUAUUACAGUGCUCGCUAAGGACUUGGAAGGAAUCACUAGUAACUCCAUCUACUACUGUGAAGCGCCUGAUGAAGACUUGCAUUACAACGAUAAUGUGUUGGUCGUAUAUAAUGUCGAUACAAAGAAGAUCGAACAACCACAAGAAUCUGUUUCUUCGUCCCUUCCAUUCUCUUUUGCUUGUUGGUUCUUACCAAGUUUCAAACGUGGUUGA